UUACUGCGCGUUUUCAAUCGUCAAUAGCGGCAGCCCUGACAGUCCAUAACAAAUCCUCAUUUGUUUUUACCCCCUCCACACCGAUUUGGCCACUUGUGUUCCCGCCGUUUGCGUUGGCUGUUGAUUUUGUGCAAUCUUAUAGUUAUUGGUUAUCUUGACCGAGUGAACAAGUGUACUGCUGUUACUGCUUACUGCUGCAUGACAGCUGCAAUGGCUGAUUGUGUCUACAUCUUCAACAAAACCCGUGAGAAGCGCCUGGAGGAAUUUAAAGAUGUUCUCUGUUCGAGUGGUGCCCCAGUUCUUGUCACUGAUGUUGUUGACGAGUGGUCCUGUACGCUUGAAAAUUUCAUUGAGCCUACGGGAUGGCAGGCGUUGUGGAAAAUAUCUCGUCAAAUUUGUGAAGAGCUGAAAAUCAUGUUUCCCAAGUUUGUUUUUGUAAAAGUGCUGAGUGUGGAUUUCCAAGAGCUGACUGCAUUCGUUGAAGUUGAGAAAGUUCAGGACAACAUAUCUAUUCCUGGUAAACAAGAGGUGCCUCUCAUUCAGCUGUAUCCUACAAAAAGCCAGGAGGAUCCUUUUUUGAAUGUUGAAUACACGGCCAACUUUAUUGAUCAGUUGAGGUUUUUUUUCAACCAUCUGUGGUGCCCAUGGGAUGUCGAAGACACAGAGGGAGGGGAUUGGCCAUCCAAAUAUUUGAAGCCUCGUCUGGAUCUGUUUUACGAAAUGAGUGGCAGCUCAAUGCCGGUAAAGCUCGUGGAUAAAAUUCACAGGAGCAAGGAACAGGCUCGAAAACUGUUCGAGAAAAAACAAGAAUUGGAAGGUUUGAUUCACAAAAGUAGUUCUGAAGGCUUGGAGGCUGAAGACAUUGUAUCCCCUUCGGCUCAGAGUCAUACUUUCAAUCUGAUGGAAGUGCAUUUGCAGCUGAGUCCCCUGUUAACUGAACUUCAGCUCCUUGAAAAUCCUUCCAUGAGGAAAAUAUUCAUCAAACAUUUCAUUGAAGAAGAGGAAAGGAAAAGGAAUAACAGCGAAGCUAUCGCUGUAUGGGAAAGUGGUUCUGUGGACGAAUUCAUUGACUUUUUGACUGCCUGUAAAACAGCAAUGCGUGCUGAUACACGUAUAGUGUCCGUUUCAUCACUUCAAAGCGGCUUUGAAUCUGCAGUGUCAGGCAACACCAUUCUAGUGACUAGAGGAACUCACAAAUUAAAUGAAAUUGUUGAGUCAUCAAUUUCUUUAAUAGGGAUUGGGGAGGAGGUUCCAACAAUAUCAGGGCAAGAAAGCAAUAGCUUCCUGUUCAAUGUGAGGAAUGCUGUUGUGAAGAUAAAAAAUGUCAAGCUUGAUAUCAGCAAAGUGGCAAGUGGUCUUCAAGUUCUCAAAAACUCAACUGUUGAGUUGGUCAAUUGCACUAUCACAAAUGAUGAGUCAUGUGAUGGUCGGGGCAUUGUCAUCAACUGUGGAGGAUCUGUUCUAAUAGAUGGGUGCAAAUUUGAUGGACUUCAUGUUGCAGUCAGUUGCAAUUCUGGCUCUAAAGUCUGCAUUAAAAAUUCACAUAUUCGAAACUGUGUUUUUGGCAUAGAGGCCUAUGAAAAUUCUGAGCUCCAAAUUAUUGGGGUGUCUCUGGCAAAAUGCAAAGAAGCUGGAAUUUUUGUUUCUCAGACUGCGGGCAGUGAACAAACAGGAGACAUUGGUCUUCUUCAAAAAUUUCUUCAGAUCAGUGCAUCUCAAACGCAGUUCUCCGACAAUGCGCAUAAUGUUGUGCUGAAAGGAGAGUCAAAUUUCGUUGGUGCUUAAAUACUGGGUGUUUGAAUGCUGCCUCUAUUUGUGAUAACUCGUUACUCUCUAUAUUAUUGUACUAAUUUAAAUUUUAUUGUGGAAAUGGCAAAUGUCUUUAACAUACUAACAAACUUUAAUGAUGUGUCUGAAUGGUUACCAUGUGUUAAUUUUAAUUAAUGGAAAAUGUUUAAAUUGUGGUUAAUAAACGGGUAUGUGCAAUCUGA